UUCCAGCUGCGAUCACCCCGUUCGAUCCGUGUGACCUUAUCGUUAGUGGCGCCUGGAACCCGAUGCCGCUGUCCAUCUCCAGGUGUCCAGCUGUCUUUGUUCCAUUCUCGCAAGCUUUUGCGGACAAGUUGUCCGGCAAUAAAGCCGUCUCUUCAUUCACCCCAGCAUCAAGCCCUUGUUCCCUGCUCAGACCUGGCGUCCCGGAAGUACACCUUAAUUUAUGCGUUCCCCGCCAUCCGAGGACUACGCGCGCUCUCCAGGUUCAAACUGGUUCAAACUGGCGUCACCGGCGUCCUUCUACCCGCAGUUUAUUAUUCCUACCUUCAGGGCCAAGCGUCAGUCAGUCUUUUAAGCUACACCACGGGCAUCGCUGCGUUCGCCGCAAUCAUGCUAUACACCGUUAGCUACUACGUCCGGCGAGUGGUCGGGAUGAUGUACCUGGACCACACGCACACCACGUUAAAGGUGGCCCAUCUGUCUUUCUGGGGCCACCGGAGGGACGUGUAUCUGCCCGUGUCGGAUGUAAUGACUCUUGGAGACACGGGAGACUCACCGGGUGAAGUUAUAUUAAGGCUGAAACGCUACAGCUGCUCGGACACACUCUAUUUCUCCACCAGGCUGGGGCGUGUGCUGGAUAAAAACGGGUUUGAGAAAGUUUUUGGGACUUUGUCUCGAUAGACUGCUGUGUCUGUGCUUGUGUUAAUGUCCAAAAUAAUCUCGCAUUCAGAUUUACAAAUAAAGGUUUAUUCCCAGCCAGUCUGGUGUGUUCAAAGUUCUUCCAUGCUCCUAACCAGUGUACUGUUACGCUGUAUAACUCUGAAACGUGUAUCACCUACAUCACCCAGUUUUCAUCCUAAUAGUCACCUACAUCACCACAAGUUGUUUGGAAAGGUUUCAAGAUAAAAAGCCUCUACUCUCAUCCAAAAACAAACUCAAGCAUCUUCAGUUUGAUUGACACUACUGGAACUUCAAAAUGGUAUCGGGUUCUAUGGUCCGAUUUAAUAGCUUUCAAAACAGUGUUACUACAGUAUGAAUGCUAAUAGUGUGUCUUUCUCAGCGUGUUAAUAAAGAAACACUGUUAGCAUCACAUAAAUAUAAAUAAAAUUGGAUUCACUCUGCCCACUGUUUACAUUUUUUUUACUACAUUCUUUUGGAUGUUCAUGGAAUAAAAUAAAAUAUCAGAUGCCAUGA